GGUAGUACGCACGCGUGCGUCGUGGCAGCGGGCCUGACGGUGGCAGUUCCGCGGCGCGUAUUAUCAGUCGACGCGGGUCGAACCAAGCCGCGCGCGGCCUGUCCCAGAUUUUCAGUCGCGCGUGUUCGCGACGGUGCGCGGUUGGCUGGCAGCCGGCCUGUCGAUCGUCCGCCGAUCCUAGAUCGGUCCAUCGUCAGAACGGUUUCGCGGUUGAACGAGCACGGAUCGAUCUUCCUCCGUUCGCUUGGACCGGUAGCUCAACCACCGGAGUCUUCGAGCAUGUUUCCGGAUACCGGGGACACGUAGCGCGUGACGCGUGCCUCAGCUGCAUCGGCGAGAUCGCUUCGAUCGCACCUGUGUCCGAGGCGCCGCGCCGGCCACCACGUCUCGUCGCGAACGCGUGUUCGCUGGUCGGUGAUGUCAAUCGUCGCUGAGCGCGAUCCAGCGCUGCCAAGGCACUUAGACGAUCGAGAAGAAUCGCAUUAGGAGAGCUGACGGGAGGUGUUAGCGACUAUGGAGGACGAGGACUUCGGAUUCACCAAGAGGGACGAGGCUGUUCUCAGAAACGUCAAGCAAUCGGACAGAAAGGAACGCCGAACGAUUAAGGCGGGAGAGGUGGUUGGUGGAUCUGGAUCGUUGAUGACAGCGCCGUUAUCCGGGGCGACCGAGGCCGGAAACGCCGUCCCUGAGCGGGCAGCGACCGCCUCUUCGUCCUCUCCGGCUUCCUCAGUCGUUUCCAACCCGCCGAACAUACCGAACGUGGUCGAGUAUCACCUGAAAGUGAAGCCUGGACAAACGCAGAGAGUUUGCCGGUUAGAUAACAGUCCAAGAAGUCAAAGCGCGGACGAGAUGAAGAAAGAGAAGAGCCCAGUGUCGUCCAGUGACAAAAAGAAAGACCUCGUGUCGAGGCUGUCCCGCCUGUCCAUCGACAAUAACGUCUUCGAGGGCUCGACGGAUCUACCUCAGGUGUUUCAGGUGAAAUAUUUGGGCUCGCAUGACGCGAGGGGCCUCUGGGGCAUCAAGCAUACGAGGAGGCCCGUCGAUAACAUGGUGGCUGCUGCGAAGGCCUUACCGACCAACACCAUGCUGCCUCUGAUCAAGCUGGUCAUCUCGCAGGAGGGUGUAGCGUUGCUUCCUCUCGAGAAAAGGAAGCAGGAGCCGAACUUCUCCAGGAUGUACGCGAUCGAGACGAUCUCCUAUGGAGUCCAGGACCUCGUCUACACCAGGGUCUUCUCCAUGAUCGUCGUUCGGGAGACAGAGAACUUCCGGAGAGUCUCUCCGUUCGAAUGCCACGGUUUCGUUUGCGAAUCGAAGCAUCACGCUAGACAGUUGACCUACGCGCUGGCCACCGCCUUCGAGAUUUAUUCGAGGACCGUCAAGGCUCAGGACAAAAUGGCAGAGAUGGCUGGCAACAAUGCGAAAAAAAGGUUUGCUAUCGAUCUCAGGAGCCCCGAGGAAAUGGAGGCUGACUUAGCUAUGGAUUCCGAAGCCUAAUGGGACUUUUUUCCUUGUUUCCGACUGGGUUUCGUUUAUCUGUUGACUCGGUUUGGAUAGUUUCAAAAUUAAGGGGGGAAAGCUUGAGAAUUGGAAUGCGAGGACGUCUGCUCGGAGGACAACACAGGGUACGCGUUGCGGGAGACGUUUCGUAUGUACAGACGGGUAUAUAUUUUUUAGGCGUUAAGUUCGUUUACGAGGGAAAGUAUUAAUAUCAUCCUCGUACCUGUGAAAUAGAAGGUCAGCGGAUCGCAAGGUUCGACGAAGGUACAAACUUUCUGGAAUCCGGAAGAUUCCUCGAUCACGAUUGAUUGUAAAUAGAUUUACCUGUAUAAAGCAAUAUAGUAUAUUAUAGAUCGUUAAGGAAAUAAACGUCGAGUCGUUGAAUUCUGAAAUAUUAUCCUUGUUACGGACGUUACUUUAUGUUUGCUUGAGUGUUUCUAGAUUAAGCUAUUGGUCUCUAUUGAUCGUUAGGAAUUAGAUGUCAGGUACGAAGCAACUUGAAUUCUUCUCUUGAUCGAGACUCGCUCGAUUUCGGUGUUGUAUGUUCUCGAACAAAAUCAAUUCUGUCCCGACGAAAGUUUCCCUCGAGGCCGUGUGUGAGCACGAAAGCUGCGAUUGUUGGUUGUUUAUUAUUUUAUCGGCAUUUAGGGGGAGAGGCGUAGGCACUGCCUAUCCGCGACAUAAUGGCUAGUUAUCCAAAGAUACCAAAUAGGGGAAAAGAUCCGAAAAUUGCCGUCAGUUCUCGGUGACUUUCGCGAUUUCAUAAAGCUACGAUGUCGUUCGUUUGAAAAAAGGAAAAAAAAGAUUGGAUUUACUUCUAGCCGCUUUGUGUGUGUGCGUGUGCGCGUGUGUUCUCUUUUCUCUUCACAUCGAUGUAUAUACAGUGUCAUUCCUCGAUCUAUUUCUUUUAAUUUAUUUCCGUUCUACCGUUAAGCCGUAAAACCAAUAUCGAUACAUAUCAGUUGUUGUAAAUAAACGUCGAACCUGUGACGUCGUCGACGACGUCCAUUCGCCGCACUAACGAUUGUAAAUACCGUUUCACUUAGCCGUUAAGCCGUCCGUUUUUCGAUCACGAAUAAUCCUGUUGUCGCACUGACGUUUUCUCAUCGUUUCUUGGCUUGGGACAUUUGUGUAACGCUGUAAUCGCGCGCAACACGACUGCUUACUUAUUAUCAUAGUGAUUCGAUUGUCAGUAUUAGCGAGCUGUAUCAACACGCUACGUAUAAUAAAC